CGGCGAGCAGUGGGGAGGCGGAGCGGGCGAAGGAGAGGGAAGCGCUUCCCCUCGGCUCUGCGGUUGAUUAGUUGAUACCCGUCCGUCGUCGAGGGUGCAUCGUUCAACUUGUGUCUCGUCUUAUGUGUCGUCGCGUAUUCGCAUCGUGUAACUCUAACGUGAUUCGACGACGUCGUUUAUUCCCGUUGUAUCCCGGGAACCGCGCAUCGCUUUUUCUCUCGGUGUCUUUUUGUGCAAACGGUUACCAAGCUAGUGCCCGGAGGACUCGAAGAAAGUGACCAGUGGAAGUGUGUGUGUGCGCGCCGACUGUAGCCCCGUCUUGUGCUUUUCGUUUUAUUCUCCUCUACGUUUUUCUUUCCCGAGACCAGUGAAUAAUAGUGCGUACAGGCUAUGACCUGGGAUACCGCUGGAUAUACCUGAGGAUAACGGAGACAUAUCCAUUACUCCUGACAGGACUUCGUCGUGACGAGAGGGAGCAACAUAACCUCUUUGAGGGUCUCUGACGAUAAGAUGUACCCCAGUGCCGGUAUAAACGCGGCGGCAGCUGUGGCUGUGGCAGCUGCGGCACGGCACCCGGGUCCACCACAACCCGGACAGCAGAUCAAAUUCACAGUCGCAGAAUCUUGCGACAGGAUCAAAGAAGAAUUCAACUUUCUACAAAACCAAUGUCAUGCCUUGAAACUCGAGUGCGAGAAACUGGCCACGGAGAAGAUCGAGAUUCAACGACAUUACGUGAUGUACUACGAGAUGUCGUACGGCCUAAACGUGGAGAUGCACAAACAGGCCGAAAUAUCGAAGAGACUGAACGCCAUCAUCGGGCAGAUUCUGCCAUUUUUAACGCAAGAGCAUCAGCAGCAGGUUGCAUCCGCUGUGGAAAGAGCGAAACAGGUCACGAUGGCGGAGCUGAACUCUAUAAUAGGGCCGCUCUUUCUGUUUCAGCAACAGAGACCAGAUAUACCAAGGUUGCUGCAACAAAUGCACGCCCAGCAACUGCCACCGGGGGCGGCGAUAGGCGGUCAUCCCGGCCUACCCGGACUUCCGGGACUAGGGCCAGCUGGUGGACUUCCGGUGUCGACUUCCGCCUCUGCCGCUCUUAUUGGUCUUGGCCUGACGCCUGGAGCCGCCACAGCACCCGGUGCAACGGCGGCGCAUCCACUUUCGAUGCUUGGCAAACCGGAACUCCAUCGUGGCCAGCCCGACGACUUGAAGAGCAACGGCGGUCUCAGCUCGACCGAGGAGAGACACAGAAGUUCGAUAUCGCCUGGCGAUAAGUACAGUCGUCCACGGACACCGCAGGAGACGCACCAUUCCCAUCAUUCACAGAAUCACCAUGACCAUCCCAUGCACAUCAAGAAAAUGAAAAAGGAGCAGGAUAAAGACAUUGGUCACAGCGACGGCGAGAAGAGUGACCAGGAUCUAGUCGUGGACGACGCCAGCGAGGGACCUACCAGCCCAGUGGUGAACGGCACGUCAUCGCCUCGAGAAAACGGCUUGGACAAAGUGGUGCCAGCGAUGGGUGCAGGCGUGCAGACGAAGAAAGACGUUCCUCCGCACUCGCCGAGGAGUGGGACCAGCAGCAACGCCAGCACACCAUCAGCGAAGAAGAUGGAGGAACGGGAGAAGCCAACGACACCGAUCUCGAAGCCCCUGACGCCAACCUCGGGCUCCGCGCUGGGUGGAUCCGGUCUGAAGCCUUCGGGAUCGGCGAAGCUCCAUCAAGGACCGCCGCCUCCUGGUGUACCCAGCGCCUAUCCGCCUCACUAUCCCCCUGGGCCACCGUCCCACCAUCUGGGACCAGCUGGUCAACAUCCACACGUCGACAUGAUGGGUUAUAACGGCUACGUGGCGCCUAGAGCUCCACCUUCGCUUCAGCAACUGUACGACCCCCACGUGGCCAUGAGGACUCCCAUGGGAUCGGUCGCUGUACCUGGAGGCAAACCUGCGUACAGCUUCCACGUGUCGAGCGAGGGCCAGAUGCAGCCGGUGCCCUUCCCACCGGAUGCGCUGAUCGGACAAGGGAUACCGCGUCAUGCGAGGCAAAUUAAUACCCUCAGUCACGGGGAGGUCGUGUGCGCCGUCACGAUCUCGAAUCCGACCAAGUAUGUAUACACCGGCGGCAAGGGAUGCGUCAAGGUCUGGGACAUUGGACAGGGCGGUACAGGAAGUACGAAAUCGGUAUCGCAGCUCGACUGUCUGCAACCUGAUAACUACAUCAGGUCGGUGAAACUGCUACCGGACGGUAGGACCCUGAUAGUCGGGGGUGAGGCCAGUCGGCUGAGUAUCUGGGAUCUGGCGAGCCCGACGCCGAGGAUCAAGGCCGAAUUAAUCUCUUCCGCUCCCGCCUGUUACGCUCUGGCCAUCUCGCCCGACUCGAAGGUCUGCUUCAGCUGCUGCAGCGACGGUAACAUCGCCGUCUGGGAUCUCCAGAAUCAGACGCUGGUCAGACAGUUCCAAGGUCACACGGACGGCGCGUCGUGCAUCGACAUCUCCGCGGACGGCUCGAAGCUGUGGACAGGUGGUCUGGACAACACGGUGCGCUCGUGGGAUCUCCGCGAGGGCAGGCAGCUCCAACAACACGACUUCACCUCGCAGAUAUUCUCUCUGGGCUAUUGUCCUACGGGAGAGUGGUUGGCCGUGGGCAUGGAGAACUCGAACGUCGAGGUGCUGCACGCCACCAAGCCCGACAAGUAUCAACUCCACUUGCACGAGUCCUGCGUCCUGUCUCUGAGAUUCGCCUCCUGCGGCAAGUGGUUCGUCUCCACCGGCAAGGACAAUCUGCUGAACGCGUGGCGCACGCCUUACGGAGCCUCGAUAUUCCAGUCGAAGGAAUCGUCGUCGGUGCUGAGCUGCGAUAUAUCUGCGGACGACAGGUACAUUGUCACCGGGUCUGGUGACAAGAAGGCGACCGUCUACGAGGUCAUGUACUGAACGAGACCGCAACGGAACACCGAAAUCAUUCUCGAAAGUGAACUCUUCUCAACGUGGGUGUACAUAGUUCUUGCGCGACAUUGUGAGAGACGUUUUGUUGCCGUUGUUCUUGUUAUUGUUGUUGUUGUUACACGAGCGAAACGAACCAAGCGCGGAGAAUCGUCGAAUCCGUAUUGGACGAAACGGAGCAAGUGAUAAUGAAAUUUCUACUAUCGACGACGAUGGAAAUUGCGUAUGCUUCGUUUCUGUCCGAUCAGCGUGUUAUCGAAAUCGACGAACGAUGUUCCGAGCAAUCAUUUUUAUCAAAGGGAGUCUUGAAUCGAGUUCGUCCAGCUCGUUCUGCGUGCAAUCGUGUUUGACGACGAAGACCGCGCAUUAAUUAGAAUAAACGUCGGUAUUCGUAUCGCGUUCCCCCUUGUACAUUUUGUAUAUACGUAUACAUAUUAUAUAUUAUAUAUCAGUCUUUAAGUAUACCGUCAUAUUUUUCUACGUCCCCUAAAAGUGAGACGGAAAGCGAAGUUUAAGUAAAGGAAACAGUUGAAUCGUGUAAAUAUUGUCAGGCUUAGAGAAUAUAACUGAAUCGAGACGAGAGACGAUUAAAUAAAAAGUGAUACUCGAGACUAAAUCGGUUGACUCAUUUCGUAGCCUAAAUCAAACCGGUUAAGAAGAGACGAUUUAACUAAUAAAUCGUUUCGGUAGAAAUCUUAUCUUUCAGCAGAGUCGCUGUUCUCAAAGGUAAGAGGAAUUAAUACCAAACCGAACAAGUAAUUAAUUAUAAUACUUUUAUAACAAGCAUAUACAAUUUUGAUAACAAGGAGACCUGCUUUUCGAAAUUAGGUCAAUUAUGUGCUUGAUGUCAUCUUUUGCGAUAAAAUUAUUUUUAAAGAUACAUUUCACUUUUUGGAUUGUUUUAAUUAUCAACUGUGUCAUUUCUAUUAACUUUACAAUUAGAAGCAGCCUUUGGAAUCAAUGUAGCAUGACGUGUACAUUCUUUUUAGAUUUUCAUAAUGAAUAUAGUAUAAUGAUAAGAAUUUUAAUAGGUCAUACAAUAACGUAAUGAUCUCAUGUUUGAUAUCAUAACUUGAAAUUUAUAACAAAAUGCAUGAAAAAUAUCUUUAAAUUUACUCAUUGUAGCAAAUACUUUUCGAAAAAUCCCAACUUCAUUCCAUACAUUAAUUUAAUUUUUUCAAUCCGCCAAGUUUAUUUUAAUAAAAUUUCACUCGAAUAAAUCUGUAAUGGGAUGAUGAUUUCAACUAGAAUUUAUCCGAAUAACAGCCACCUUUGACGCUGGACAAUCAACGCCGCAGCGUGGAUCGCGAUCGCGCCGCGCCCGUCACCGAAACUAUAAAACAAGGGCGUCACCCCCGUCCGCGGGGUUGCUGGUUUCCCAUAAACGUGUCAACGGUCCAGCAACAGAGUUCCCUGUCAGAGGGAAAAAGACGCGACAUCAACAAUAUUUAGUCGCAACGCCGGAGGGAUCGUGUCGCGAAAAUCACGACACCACCUCGCCGAUAAAAAAAAAAAAAAAAUACCGCUACGUGUCGGUUGUCGCGCGCAUUUUCCGCGAUCAUCACUUGGAAACAAAUUGCGGCAACGCGACAUCCGUGUAGGGCAAACGUCGGUUACCAAAAUGCAACGAAUAAAAAUAGAGAACCAGAGAAACCACCUGG